GCAGACCUUCGGUUAUGGAAUCCCACCUGGCUCUGCAUUGCAAAGGCGAUGUUCCCGAUAAAAUAAGACAGCAUUGGCUAGUUCAAGUCGCAAAACGAAAUGAUAAUAUAAAAGAUACCGACCAUAGUGAUGACGAAAGGUAUAAUCCUCCUGAAAGGCUUACAUUAGCAGAGAGGAUGCUCGAUGAAGAAAUGGCUCGUAUAACAGUUCGAACUAAUAAUUUACUUAAAAAGGAGCAAAAUUUGACACUAG